AAUGCAUCAGAGAACCGAGACUCCAUUAAUCCAGACCUGUUUGAAGGAGAUAUGAUUCUAGAACCAGGUCAGCGAUUGGCGGCUGAGUUUGGGCUUGAUCUUGAUGGGCUUAACCGUGGAAGCGUCAGAAACCGACAGUGGCCAAAUGGAAUUGUUCCUUACAAUAUUCACUCCAGUCUUGGUAACGAUCGUUCUACAUAGUUAGAAUUAUUGGUGGAAUGAUAUACUGUUUUACAUAUAGCAACUCAAUCAGAACUUUGUCAAGAAACCACAACAACCAAAACCCCCAAAAUGAUUGCCCAUGUUACCUCCCUUGAAAUUUCCGAGAUCUCAAUUUAUUUACCCUCGAUACUAGUUUUUGUUUUUAAUCUCAUUGCUGUUUCGUUUGCUUUUGUUCUUGAUACAUUAUUUUCCUUUUUUUUUACCUAUAAUUUUUUUUUCGCCAAUUGUACUAGCCACGCAACCAAAGGCAAUGAAAGCAAUCCAAGCUGGUAUGGAUCUCUGGAGCAGCCAAACCUGCAUCCAGUUUGUUCAGAGGACGGCUGAGAAGGCUUACAUAGAGUUCUUCAAAGGGAGAGGGUAUGGAAUAAACCGUUGAACGAAUUUUUACACUCAACAGAUCUAAAAGACCAGUUAUUAGUUGUAAACGAGGGUGGGGGAGGAAAGGGGGGGGGGAAGGGAAGGAUGAAGGAUUCAAUGGAGGAUUUACUGGGGGAAUGGAGAGAGGAUCAAUCGUCGCCAAAAAAGUAUAAAAUCGGGUACUAUAAAAAAUUGACUGCUAAUUUUCUGCCAAUGAGGUGAUGGGAGGGGGGGAGGGGGAGAACAUAAGAAUAUUCUAGUGCCCUAAUUUUAUCCAAAAUCACCACCCUUCCCCGGACAUGAAUAAUGGCCAAUCCCUAAACUCUGAUGGACAGUGCCAUAGAAACGAAAUCAUUUUCUUCUUGUAGAAUGACUUUGGUUUUGUACAGUUAGCAAGAUUUGAUGAUUAAAAUCUCGCGAGGUCUUGCAGUCUUGCAAUCACUAUGAUCGUAUAACUUGAGAUAAAAAAAAAAGAUUCUUGUAACAAACUUGUACAAAAAAAAUUCUUUCUCCAGUUGUUGGUCAUACGUGGGACGAAUCGGAAAGAAACAACUACUCAGUUUAGCCGCAGGAUGUUGGGGCAAGGGUACAGUGUCACACGAAAUCGGUAAGUUUGAAUGAACAAUCCCGGAAGUAAUCGACAUUACUUUGAUUUUCCUUUACUAGAGCAGAUGCAUUUCGAUCGAGUGUCGUAAAACUAAGACUGAAGGAGCAAUGGUCAAUAAAAAUAGAAUGAAAAAUCAUGAUAAGCCAAUUAGAAUUCAAAGUAAAAAAGCAAACAAGCUGGAAAUGCCAGUGACAUUAAAGGCGUGAUUUGUUUUAGUUUUAAGGGAUCUUAGUCAAGAACAAGGCAUUGCACGCUUGGUCCGCUAUUUACUAUGCCAUCUAAUUUCGUGAAAUUUUCAUUGUCUCAUCCUAGUGCAUCCAAGAAAUUUAAAUAUAUCGAGGUCUUCAAUUGUUGCAGCAGUCCUCUGAAAUUAUCACUGGUUUAUUCUGGGUAGUUAUUGUAGUGGUUUCUUGCAAUUUUCUUGAGAAAUUUUUGUUUGUAAUAGGACCAUCGAUAGCAUCUCGCGUUCCUUCACAUGGAAGGACUAAAGCCACGUGGCAGAUAGAAAGGAUUCUGCUUAGAAUUGGAUGAUAUUUCGUUACAAAAGACAAUAUUUUCUUCUGUGUGCCAAUUUCUUUGUUUCAAGUGACCCUUCUCUAUCGGAGCAGAUAACUCCAGACACAUGUUUCUCCAGAACUUCGUCGGGUAUCUUCUGUUCCCUUCUUUAAACGUAUUUUGAAACUUUUUAGGUUGUUAUUAACGUGGAGCGCGCUUCUCAGUUACGAAUCUUUUCCUUACUUCUGGUAAGUGUUGACGGGCCAGCACGAUUCCUGCCAGGCGUUCAGUGUAAUAUGAACGAUUUUUCCCGCAGUUGCCCGUAUGUAAACAAAACCAAUGGCAUGGUUCACUUGGAUAAGAAAGUGGCAUGGGUUCGAAGGACCAACCAAGGGACCAAUGAAGCUUGUACAGUAUCGCAAAACUUUAUCGAAAUGAGCCCUCAUCCUUUUUUCAGUUUCAUAACGACUCCCUCCUGCUCCACAAACGCUGAAAAAACUCUUUCGCUAACUUACUCAAAAGGAUAAAGACGGAUUUUCUUUUUUCUUUGCAGCCCAUGCCCUCGGGUUUUUUCACGAGCAAUCCCGCCCUGACAGAGAUGAUUACGUGACUAUACACUUUGAGAACAUUAAAGAUGGUAGGUACUAUUAUUAUUAGCUUUAGCCUUAUUGUGUAUGGAUACGAUUUUUCUGCUAUCUGCGUCGACAAAAGACACUGAACAUUUUUCAAUAUUUCAAAUAGUCUACAGGUUAAUGAAUAACUUGGAUUAUCAUAUAUAUUAGCUAGACUUACUAUAAAAUAUCUGCUUGGUCGAGAGCAUUCAGUCAAUGUACAAUAGCAGAUGAAGUUGAAAUGAUAACCCAAUAUCUGCAACGGAUAUUUCAUUUAUCAUGUCGAGUUCAAAGUCUGCCUAGUUUCCAAGUCCCUUGUCCGUAUAGUGUUCUCUAACUUUUGCAUACUCAGUUCAGUUGUUUUCAAAACACUGUAAAAUGUAACAAUUAUUAAAUUCGAUUUUCACAUGAUGUCAUUAAUUAUCGCGUAAAAGUCAUCUGCCUCAACCUUCGGCUUUGGCAAAUAACUCAGAUAUAAUAAUUCAUGAUAACAUGCUCAACCUCAUCCAAUAAUUGCUUAAUUGCUCCAGUUCAACAACGUCGAUCGUAACAUACCUAUCAGCGUUUUUUAAUCAAAGGCGAGGGAGUUCAUCAUCACAGUGCUAGCACUUCUAUCGGUCACUCGAUCAUAUCCGAAUAAUGCCGAACGUUUUCAGAGACAGGCCAUAUUCGAGCUAUAUGUAGGAUUUUCCAAAAUUAAGUAAGUCUUGGCAAUGAAAAUUGACGCAAACGUGUGUUCAGUGCUCCAUCAUCUCAGUGUUUGCAUGGAUCUGCUUUUGCUAUCAAAAUGAUUCAAGUUCAUUCUACAUACUUCCUUUCAAUCUCGAAAAUACGCCUAUUAAGGCGAAAAAAUAUAAAAAUCUUCCGUUACGAGUGAGGUGUUGGUUGGCAGACUUUGGCUAGAAUGCGAUUGAGUUUUCAACAUGGCAAGCGUAACGAUUGCAUUAUAUAUCGUUGUCGUGAUGUGUCUCUAAACUAGAGCGAGAUCAAGAUAAGCAUGGACACAGGCCAAAUUAUUUUUGACACCAUCCUCUUCUCUUGAUCUACUUUCUUGCAGGAAGAGCCGGAAACUUCAGAAAGUACCGAAAGUCUUCUGUCAAUACGCUUCUAACCUCGUACGAUUAUGGCAGUGUAAUGCAUUAUGGGGCCAGAUAUUUCAGUAAGAAUAGAAAGCCGACAAUCGUGCCCAAGAAGAGCGGGGUAGGUGUAAAGUUUCAUGAAGCGUGA